AUGGCCGAGAUUCGUCGUAAGCUUGUCAUUGUUGGCGAUGGUGCCUGCGGAAAGACAUGUUUGUUGAUCGUUUUCUCCAAGGGCACUUUCCCUGAGGUCUACGUCCCAACUGUCUUCGAGAACUAUGUUGCCGAUGUCGAGGUUGAUGGAAAGCACGUCGAGCUCGCCCUGUGGGAUACUGCUGGCCAGGAAGAUUAUGACCGUCUUCGCCCACUUUCAUACCCAGACUCCCACGUCAUCCUGAUCUGCUUCGCCAUCGACUCCCCAGACUCCCUCGACAACGUUCAAGAGAAGUGGAUCUCUGAGGUUCUUCAUUUCUGCUCCGGCCACCCCAUCAUUCUCGUUGGAUGCAAGAAGGAUCUUAGACACGACCAGCGAACUAUUGAGGAGCUGCACAAGACUUCCCAGAAGCCUGUAACCCCUGAGCAGGGUGAGGAGGUCCGCAAAAAGAUCGGCGCAUACAAGUACCUGGAAUGCUCUGCCCGAACAAACGAGGGUGUCCGUGAAGUGUUUGAGUCCGCCACCCGUGCCGCUUUGCUAUCCAAAGAGAAGACCAAAAAGUCCAAGUGUAGGCUUUUGUAA